CAUUCAGUUUUUCGUAUCAAAACAUCGCGCUAUCGCAGCGCGCAGUUUUCUCGCUAUCUGCUUGAAGCAGUGUUGUCGAAUUUUUGUUCCAGUAUUUCGGUAUACAAAAUAUAUUUCGUGUUAUAUCAACUAUUCUCAACUAGAAAGUGUUUUAGUGUGGUGUGAACGGUUUGGAUCAAAAUAAGUUUAACUGUGAAGGGACAAGUAGAGCUACUUAGCUAUACAUAUUAGUAUUGUGUUGAUUUGAGUGGUUUCUGCGACUUACGUCACAGCAGCCGGCCAAUCGUCCGCCGCCGUGGACAGCAACAGGCUGUUGAGAAGUGGUUUUGAUUUUGGAACCUCUUUGGAACAAUUUGUUAAUCAGAUGUUCAUGUAUCCGCGUUGAACUAUGCUUCUGAAAUGCACCGCGGACGGGAGACGGAUCAAAGUGAACGGACCAGGCCAGGGGAAUGUCGCGAGAGGCAUGAAAAUGACGAUGUCACCAUUGUCAUCCUCACCCACAAUGAGCGCCCGCGUGCAUAGGAAGGUGAUGCGCGCGCCGCACAAGCGGCAGCUGCCGGGCAAGAUGGCCCACGCGGGCAAGAUGGUGCACCCGGGUAAGGUGCACCCGGGCAAGCUGGCGCACCUGGGCAAGUUCGGGCGGCUGCACUACCCGCACACGCACGCACGGCCGCCGGAGCCCUGCGAGAACAGCAACGACAGCGGGCUCGGCCCCGACCACGAUCAGAGACAUAACACGGUUAACAGAGAACCCGAGGACUGGGAGCGCGCGGCGGCGGUUAAGAUAGAGUGCGACGACGCCGCGAACGACGCGUAUGCGUUCUCGGCACCGAUGCAGGCCGCGCCCGCGCUCGCGCCCGCUUCCGCGCCCGCCUCCACCGACGCUACCGUGAUGCCCCCUGUAAUACGAGCCAGUUGCAGCAUAUCUAGUCCCAGCACCGAAACAGAGACAAGACUUAACUACCCCGACUACCGGUCGUGCGGCAAGCUCGGCAGCGGGGGCAAAUACGCGGGCGGGGGGAAACUCGCCGGCGGGAAGCUAGGGGGGAAACUCGGGGGCAAGUUAGGGGGGAAGUUUGGGGGGAAGCUGGCGCAGGCAUUGGCGAGGAGAAGAGCGCUGGUGGCGAUGACGCAGGGUGCGCCGGGGCUGGCCGCGCCGCUGUCGGGCCGGUCGCGGGACGGCACGGUGGAGCUGCAGAUACUGUGCCAGCCGGAGACGCAGCACAGAGCCAGAUAUCAGACGGAGGGCAGUCGAGGUGCGGUGAAGGAUAACUCCGGGAACGGAUUCCCAGUAGUCAAGUUGGUGGGCUACGAUAAGCCUGCGGUGCUGCAGGUAUUCAUCGGGACGGACACGGGGCGGGUGGCGCCGCACAUGUUCUACCAAGCAUGCCGCGUGUCUGGCAAGAACUCAACCAGCUGUAAAGAGAGGAAGGAGGACGGCACGGUGGUGAUCGAGAUCGACCUGGAGCCGGCGCGCAACUGGCAGGUCACCUGCGACUGCGUCGGGAUUCUCAAGGAACGUAACGUGGACGUGGAGCACCGGUUCGGCGAGCUGGGCGGGCCGGGGCCGGCGGCGCACGUGUCGCGCGGCAAGAAGAAGUCCACGCGCUGCCGGAUGGUGUUCCGGACCGAGAUCGUCAACGCGGACGGACAGACCGAGACGCUCCAAGUCUGCUCCACGCAGAUCAUAUGCACGCAACCCCCCGGCGUACCGGAAGUGUGUCGAAAGUCUUUAGUGUCGUGUCCGGCGACGGGAGGGCUGGAGCUGUACCUGCUGGGGAAGAACUUCCUCAAGGAGACGAGAGUCGUGUUCUGCCAUCGUCAGGACGGACGGAGCGUGUGGGAGGACGAAGUCGUUCCCGACAAGGAGUUCCUUCAACAGACACACCUAGUGUGUUGCGUGCCGCCGUACAUCCGGCCGGACAUCACGGAGCCGGUGUCCGUGCAGCUGUUCGUCCGGUCGGGCGGCAAGGCCUCCGAGCCCCACAACUUCACGUACACUCCCCCGGCGCUGGACACGGGCCCGCAGCACUGCACGCGGCACCACACGCAAGGUGCGGAGGACGCGCGGCCCGUGCUCAUGUGGGGCGGCGCCAUGAUGCCGCCGCCGGCGCUGCCCGUGCGCCGGCCCUCCAUCAUCGUGCCCGACCCGCACGAGCCGCUCGGGCUCAAGGCCGAGCUGCAGGACGACUCCAGCCAGCACUCCCUCCACGACCACGCCGACUCCUGCGGCCCCGAGGGGCCCGAGCGCCUCGCCCCGCCGCUCCUCUCCGACGACCUGAAGGUGGUCGACCUCCGCCUCAAGGCCGAGGCGAGCCGCGACGGCUCCUCCUUCGGCGCCGCCUACGACGCCAUCAAACUGUCCCCUCCCGCCGCCCCGCAGAGCGAGCCCCCCUCCCCCCUCGCCUCCUUCACCCAGCAGCUGCAGGCCAUCCAGAACCAGGUGCAGACCGACAAGAUGGUCGAGUCGGUCACCGCCGCCAUCUUCAACUCGGACGACCCGGGCGGCCAGAUGUACCCCGCGCCGAUGCCGAUGACGAUGCCCAUGGAUCCGAUGCGGCGGCUCAUCUCCGCCAAGAACAACGCGAUGCCGAUGCAGCAGGACAUGAAGGCGCUGAACCGCGAGCUGAUGAUCGCCGACGCGAGCAUGCAGGUGGCGGCCGCGAGCAUGCAGGCCGCCGCCGAGCCCGGUCUGCUCACCUUCGGCCACAUGUCGCAGCCGCAGCAGCGGCCGAACGAGCCGUUCAACCCUUUCACGAUAACCAAGAUGGAGAUGGAGACCGAUCAGAUAGAGCAGCGCAUCGCGCAACAGACCGCACACAUGGAGGCCCUGGUGGAGGACGCGAUGAAAGCGACGGCGGUGAUGCUGCCGGCCGACGCGGCCAAGCUCGACGAGCUGGUCAACUCUCGCGUGGAGGACCACCUCUCCGGCGGGUCCACGUCGUCCUCGACGGCGUCGCACGCCUCCGACGUGCUGCUAAGCCCGACGGCGGCGGUCGGCUCCGUGCCGCCCCACGACACCCUGAUGGCCCCUCUCCCGACAUCGGCGAUCUCUCCGGACGUGAUCUUAAACCCCCAAGUGUCCCCCAGCAUGAUGUGCGACGCCGGGCCGCGCAUGGUGAUGCAGGCGCCGGCGCCGUCGCAGGAGGAGCUCAUGAUGAUGUCGGAGCUGACGUCGUCGGUGAAGACGCCGCCGGCCGCCGUCAAGUCCAUGAUCCUGAACGCCGCCGCGGAGAUCCUGACCUCCGACUCGACCAUGAACGCGCUCGUGACGUCGGCGAUCAACACCGCCAAUAUACUGACGACCGAGAGCGCGGGCGGAGCCGCGAUGCAGAUGCCGGAGCAGCCGAGCCCGAGCGAGCCGGCGGCCGACCCGCCGCUGUCGGCCAUGUCGCAGGCCGUGUCGCAGGCCGUGACGCAGGCCGUGUCGCAGGCCGUGUCGCAAGCCGUGUCGCAGGCCGUGUCGCAGGAGAUGACGGCGCCCGUGCAGGGGCUCACGGACAUGAGCGACAGCGACCUGCUCUCCUACAUCAACCCGAGCACCUUCGACCAGGUUUAAACUGCGGCGCCCCGGGACGGCCGGGAACAGACAGUGCUAUGCAUUUCAUACUGUAGUGACGUGUCAAAGGCUCAAAGCAGUUUUUACGUGAAUUCUUAAUGGACCGGAUGAAUGGAUGCUAGGAUAAGCGACGCGGACACUAUCUCCUUGCGACGGCUGGUAGUGUUAAUGAUUCUCAAUAUUAUAUUCGUGUGUGGAGUGUUUCUGGAUGUUUGUCAACAGCGGACGAGUCAAUUAUGUUUUCAUGUGAGUCAGUAUUACAGGGCUAAUAAAUUACAUAUGUUACAUUAUAUUCUGGAAAAUGAAUCCUUGGAGUGGGAGGAGUGGAUGGACGCUAUUUUUGAUUUCGAAUUUUAUGUAAAUAGUGAUAGCUUUGUAUCGAUGUUGUUAUUAAAUUAAUUAGUCUUAAUAUAAGUGUCGAUGCGAGCAGGAAUAUACAUAAUCAAUGAAUCGUGUUGCUAAGCUUGAUGUUUGACGUUUAAUAUACGUGUAGGAGGAGAAUUUAAUCGAUGAUUAGAUUAAAUUUAUAUACGCAGCUUUGGAAAUGUUAUUAAAGAUGAAGCCCUAUUAAAUGUAUGUAGAUAGGUAUUACAGGUUAUAGGACAGUAUUUUCGAUUCUGGAUUGCUUUUUUAUAAAAAUGUAGUUAGAAGUUACAAUACCUACAUGAAAAUACUGAUCUGUAUUCGUUAAGUAAAAGUUAUAAUUAUUAAAGGAUGUAAGUAAUCUACUAUUUGAAUUCUCGGGAAGUAAAACGCGUGUUAUUUUAAUAUUAAGUAUUGUUCUGUAUGUUAUUUGGGCGUGUUUAAAUUAUCCUAAUAUAUUUAAAUUGACGCUUUGAUUUGAUAAAUUAUAAUCAUGAAUUAAGUUAAAUUUUGACCAUUUUUACACACGUCUAAAAUUAAGUUAAGGAAUUAUUUUCGAUUUUUAUUAUAAGUGAACAUAUAGUAGUCAUAUAGCGUAAUUAUUUGUAUAAAGAGGGAAUCAAAUAGUAAAUUAAUUUCAAUUAAUCUCAUGCAUUGUAAGGAUGGGAGUUCAAUGUCGCUUUUGAUAGCGAUGAGUAUGUUUUGAAAAUAUAUUGCCAUCCUAUAAAUGACAUACAAUAAAAGUUAUUACAACAAUUAUGCCGUGACCAUAUGCUGGCUACUAUAUUGAAACUACCAAAUACGUAAAUGAUUAAAUCGUAUAUUAUGAAAGGUAUUAGUACGCGUUUCUUCUAACUUUUCAGAAACUAACUGAUGAUUUUUGUCAUAGCUAAAUUGUUGUAAUGUGGCCUAAGGAUGGCGUAUUUAUGAACGGUACGAGUAUGUGUAUUAGGGGCCACACUAUUAGCGUCUCCCGAGCGUCGGCGAUUAAUCAACUAUGGCUGCUGCUCGACGCAACGGUGGCGCAACUGCGCGGCGACGCCAUUUUCCAUGGCGCUGACUAGACGCCGACGCUUAAAAGACGCUAGGGUAGCCCUAAUUAGCGCGGGAGGACAUAAACUUGCGACUGAAGAAAACCUUGGAAAUUAAUCCCGAAUUUAACGGCCCGGCGGGUGCUUUCUCGUUCAUCAUUACUUAUUAGUAAAAACAAUAUUAACGUGUACACUGCAAUUCCUAAAUAUCUCAGGUAGGUCUCGUAUUAUUAUCGUCGGAAUGACCUAAAAAAAGAUUCUUUGAUUCUCACGACUAGGUAUUAGGCAAUCUUUACUAUAUUCAGUCUUAAUAUACCUAUAAGUACUAUAAAUACUAUUGUUAUAUAUACUUUGCACACGGCAAUAUUGGUUUUACAAUAAAUAUAUUGAAAUGGUGGGAUUUGAGAAUGCUACGGGUCGAAGUUAGGUCACAUACUUUCGCCACUACAUGUCCGCAAAUUGUGAUAUGUAACGAAAAAUAUUAUUAGCUUAAUAUCGACAUAGUAGCUAAAUAUGUAAGUGUAAGGAAAACUGUACUGAUGUGAUUAGAGCAAAGAUUUAUUAUAAACAUAUAACAGAUACUUUUUAUAGUAAUGUUGAAUGCUACAUGUUAAAUGUGCCAUUACCGUGUGUAACCUUUAGCGUAGUUAAUGUAAGUGUAAAUGACCCCUGAACCGAGACGCUCUCUGACAAUUCCGACAUGAGAAAUAUGUUCAAUUAAAUUAAUAAACAAGGAGUCAAAAAUAUCUACUUAGUUAAAAAGCAAGCUUCAUAUCUGGCGCUUUUGGCGUAAUCUGAUAAAACCAUCCAAUUAUAAAGCAUUUAGCACCAAACAGCUUGGUUUUAUUGACCGGCAGUAAAAUUUUAUACAAUUUUAUACAAUUUCAAAAUUGGAAGCUAGAAUUUAUAGAGGUAGACAUUUUCUGACUGACAAAUUGGUUUGACCAAGUAUAGCUUGUUUGUCAUGUCAUAGUUGCCAGUAUAAGUUUCGGUUAAGGGUAAUUCAUUUCGGCCGACUUGUACAACUUUAAUUACACCAGGGGUGCGAAGCUCCUGACUUCGGCCUAACUCGGCUCCGCUCGGCUCAGCAUUGCUCCGAGCAAUUUUUAGGGUUGGCACCACUUGACUUCCUUUUGCGUGCACGACCACAGAUAAGAUAAUCACUUAAAUUUUGACAACCCUAAAUAGCCGAAAGGGAUAGUGCCAUAUAUUAGAAAGGGAUAGUAUGAUUCGACCCUGAACCGCUGUCAAACUUCGGUUUUGUAGGAAGCUUCCUUUCUGUACGGUAGUACUAUUAUUUAUUCUGUGAUUACACGUACAACUUUGACAUUUUUAAAAUCGAAUAUGCGUAUAUUUACAGGAUAUGUCAAAAUAUUUCUCAGGUAUAUCUCUCAAAAUAUCUGCCAAAAAUUAAAAUAAUGACAAUGUUACAGUGCGGUGCGACAUAAAAUUGUAGAAAAUAAAUGAGGGCGGUGAAACUUUCUACGUAAAUGUCACAUUUUUGACGUAAAAUGCACAGGAAUACAAUUUAGUAUGGAUUUUUUUUGUUCCAUUUUAUUUAAUUUCUACUAUUUUGUGUCGCACUGUACACAGCGUAUAUAUCCAUACCUGUUCACAAUUAUACUACAAGAGUGCCUUCAACUCUUCACACAGAACCGAUGUCAGGGACCAGAAACAAUAAAAUUGUUCAAUAGAAUAAGGCUACGACAGGGGAUAUCAACGAAAAUAAAAUUUACAAAAGAUUUCUUACAUUGACGACCAAAAUAGCCAAGAGUUUAAGCUCAAACACUUUAAAAAAAUCAUAUUUAUACCAACGUCGAUUAAUCAAUCAAUUGAAACUUUCAUUACCAGCAUUAAAAUUUACCAACUAUAUAAAAACAAUUUUGUUAAAAAUAUAUAGCGAUUAAGUAGGUACCUAUUAUCAAAUGUUUUAUUAAUAAUAUUCAUAUAAUUCAAUAAAAUAAAUAUUUUUAGAUGAUUUUAAAAGCGCACAUCAUUAUAAAUUUAACGAAUAAACAGUACUUAGUACCAGUUGCACCAACCACAUUUGACAGGCUGAUCGUGAUCAACGUCAGCCGGCGCGCCCCGGCACUUUUUUAUGAAACUUUCCAUACAUAAAAGAUUUGCGAACUCUUUAACGAUAGGAACAGUUUGGUGCAACCGACCCUUAGCCGUAAAUAUUUUUCAAUGCACCAUACACAUUAUGCCACUGAAAAAAUAAAAUACCUAUCUAAACUCUCUAAUAUUGAUAAAAAAUGGUUUGUUGUGUUUAUUACCUUGAAAUGUUCUCUAACAUAUCACAAUUAGGUCGAAGUUCAAAUUAAUGAUAGUGACAAAUGAUACAAUUUAUCGUCUUAUAGAAUGUGACAUCACGUGUGUGCUGAAUUGUUUAUUUGAAAUAAAUUAAAAUGAUAGGAAAAUAUAUUUUGAUUCAGAGAAAUGUUAAAAGCGCAAUCACACUGGGUCGUAUCGGGUUGGUCGCCGAAUGUUAAAUUUGAGGUUGCCAGGCAACCGACAUGAAUUUGUGAUUGAGUCAAUAUUUUUGUAUUUGAAAAUUCACUUGUAGGCAGAUGCAGAUUACAGACGUAAAUGUUUUAUGGACCAAGUCCAGUGUUAAUAGUAACAUGUUAAAUUGUCUAACGUUAUAUGGUUCAAAACCUUAUAUCACAAAGGGUCAAGGAAGCAAAAUUUGCAACCAAAAAAUUAUAUAACUUGAGUAGCAUGAAGCAUGGUUGAAGGUUUCAUGUUUAAAAGGAACGUAUUUUUUUUAUUUCAUCCAAGAAACAGCUAGCAUAACAGUAAUGCUUUUGUUUCACGUUUAUUUACAUUAUCGUUGAUUUCUUUGCUAAGCGCGGGCUUAAUGUACAGUCAAACGCAAAAAAAGUUUAAUUACUAAUUUUGAAAUUACUUUAGAUGCUGUAUUCCAGUAAUUAUUAUUUUUCUGCGUUCGUCUGAAUUUGUCUAUUUUGAGUAAAAUGUUGAUCUCUCAAAUUAAAUUAUAAUGGUCACUGUGGUCUUCCAAUUUGUAUGAAGCGUUCACGAGAAAAAUAUGUUUUAAAUUAAAUCAUUGUAUUCGUAUCAUAAAUGAGCGCCCCAUAUUGUUUUUUUUUGUAUUGUCUUCAUAAAUCAGAAAAUUGUACAACUCCGAAAUUGUCAAUAAUAACAGAAAAAUCAUUUAUAAUAAAUAUACUUAUAAAUAAUGAUUUAUACUGGUUAGCUAUUUUUCAUGUGAACGUACAUUUUUAUUAUGGAUCUGAUUAAAUGCAACGUAAUUUAAAAAAAAAAACACUCGAUAUACAUAUACGGGCAACCGAAAGUGACUAGGUUGUUUGUUUAAAUAAAAUAAGAAAAUAAUACUUUUCUAUUAUUUCAACGUGUCCCUCUCAGCUGUUUCAGAAUAAAUAUCAUGAGUACCCUCAGAAUUGAUAUCCAAUUAUAUUGUGCUAUUUUACCUUGCAACUGAUACGCCGCACGCUUAGUAAUAUAAGUACCAAUUAAUAAGCAAGUGUAUUUAAAUUUGAACCGUAUGUUUAUUUAGUUUUAGAUUGAAUUUUGAACGAAUAAUCUGUGUUUAUAUUACUAAACGUGUGAUUCCGUAUCGCUCCGUCGGUAGAUGUCUAGUCGGUCCAAUACAUUCAAUGCAACUUGCCGAAAUGUUUGAAAUUGUAUGUUAUUUGUUUUGAUGUACUAAUUAAUUAAAUGUUUUGAAAAAUA